CCUUGUUUUCGUUCUUAUUUUUAACUGUGGGAGUUUGGGACCGCAAAGCAGAGAGAAGAGGGGGAAGAGGCUAUGUGAAGUGGAUGAGGCAAGAAGGAAAGUCUGUGGUGUGCUGUGGCCAUAGACAGAGACAGAGAACACACAGAUGAUGGCAGAAGUCGGUGACCACAAUAGCAACACCACCACAUGUGCUGCAGUUCUCAACUCCAUGGAAGAGACCGCCUUUUGCUGUGAACAAUUGCCAGAGGGUGAAUGCAUUGAGGCUCAGAAAGAAGAAGACGGUUCACUAGUUGAGUUGGAUUGUCGAAAUGGCUUUUCUGAAGGAAGAAAGGAGUUCGUCACACCUGCUGUCGGAAUGGAGUUUGAGUCUUAUGAUGAUGCUUACAAUUAUUACAUCUGCUAUGCCAAGGAAGUCGGAUUUCGUGUAAGGGUGAAGAAUUCAUGGUUCAAGCGAAACAGCAGAGAAAAAUAUGGUGCGGUGCUUUGCUGUAGCAGUCAGGGUUUCAAAAGAAUAAAGGAUGUUAACCACAUGAGGAAAGAAACAAGAACUGGUUGUCCUGCAAUGAUAAGGAUGAGGUUAAUGGACUCUCAGAGGUGGAGGAUACUCGAGGUCACACUUGAACAUAACCACAUGUUAGGUUCUAAGAUACACAAAUCAGUUAAGAAGAUGGGAACUGGAACCAAAAAGAAGUCAUUGCCGAGUUCAAAUGCUGAAGUGCACACGGUGAAGUUAUACCGUGCACUUGUGAUAGAUGCAGGAGGUAAUUCUAGUGCAAUCUCAAAUGCUAGAGAAGACAGAACUUUGUCGGAAUUUUGUAAUAGGUUGAACCUUAAAAGGGGUGACACACAAGCCAUUUAUAAUUACCUGUGUCGUAUGCAAUUGACUAAUCCUAACUUCUUUUACUUGAUGGAUUUCAAUGAUGAAGGGCAUUUGAGGAAUGCAUUUUGGGCGGAUUCUAGGUCCAGGGCUGCAUGUGGUUAUUUUGGUGAUGUUAUUUACUUUGACAACACUUAUUUGUCAAGCAAAUAUGAAAUCCCUCUCGUGGCUUUUGUUGGAAUAAAUCAUCACGGGCAAUCAGUAUUACUUGGUUGUGGUCUACUUGCAGGUGAAACAAUAGAAUCUUAUGUAUGGUUGUUCAGAGCAUGGAUUACAUCUCUGUCUGGUUGUUCUCCCCAAACUAUUAUCACCGAUAAGUGCAAGGUUUUGCAAAGUGCCAUUGCAGAAGUUUUUCCCCAAUCUCUCCACCGUUUUGGUUUGCCAUUAAUCAUGAAAAAAGUACCAGAAAAAUUGGGAGGGUUGCGCAACUAUGAUAUGAUUAGGAAAGAACUGAUUAAAGCAAUUUAUGAGACAUUGAAAAUGAAUGAAUUCGAAUCAGCAUGGGCAUUCAUGGUUCAACGUUUUGGAGUUGGUGAUCAUGAAUGGCUUUGUUCUCUAUAUGAAGAUCGGAAUUGUUGGGCACCGGUAUAUGUGAAGGAUACAUUUUUUGCCGGAAUGUCUGCAACACGACCUGGUGAAAGCUUUACUCCAUUUUUUGAUAGAUUUGUGCACAAGCAGACUCCUUUAAAGGAGUUUCUUGAUAAGUAUGAACUAGCUCUCCACAAGAAGCACAAGGAAGAGGCUCUUGCAGACAUAGAAUCAAGAAGCUCAACCCCCUUGCUGAAAACUAGAUGUUCUUUUGAAUUGCAGCUCUCUAGAAUGUACACUAGGCAAAUGUUCUUGAAGUUCCAAUUUGAGGUGGAAGAAAUGUACUCUUGUUUCGGAACAACACAGUUACACGUGGAUGGUCCGGUCAUAAUUUUCUUGGUCAAGGAGCGUGUCUUGUGCGAAGGAAAUCGGCGCGAGAUUAGGGACUUUGAAGUUCUGUACAGUAGGACAGCAGGCGAAGUUCGCUGCAUCUGUAGUUGCUUUAAUUUUUAUGGAUAUUUAUGCCGGCACGCAUUGUGUGUGCUAAAUUUCAAUGGCGUGGAGGAGAUACCUUCCAGAUACAUUCUUUCAAGGUGGAAGAAAGAUUACAAGCGCCUUCAUAUUCCUGAUCAUAACACUGGUGUUCCUGAUGAUAUUGACCAUUCUCAAUGGUCUAAUCAGUUAUUUAGAAGUGCCUUGCAAGUUGUUGAGGAAGGGACAGUUUCUGUGGACCAUUACAAUGUAGCUUUGCAUGCUAUUGAAGAAUCACUAAAUAAGGUUCAUGAUGUAGAAUAUAGGCAGAUAAUAGAUGAUGGAUCUCCAAACAGUGAUCAGCUGCUUGAGGUUGCGGAUGAGCAAAACAUUCUUGUGAAUGGCUGCGGUCAGUUAUUUGAGAUUGAUGGAAGUGAACAUGAGAAUGGGAGGGAUGAAACAACAGUGAUUGAUGGUUAUGGUGGAGAAUCUCAAGGGAAAGGCUAUCCUCCGCCGGUUGUAGGUAUGGAGUUUGAUACUUAUGAUGAUGCUUACAACUAUUAUAAUAGCUAUGCCAAGGAGAUUGGAUUUGCUAUUCGGGUUAAGUCGUCAUGGACCAGACGUAACAGCAAAGAGAAGCGCGGUGCUGUGUUGUGCUGCAACUGUGAGGGCUUCAAAACACUUAAGGAAGCAAAUAGCCACAGGAAAGAAACAAGAACAGGUUGUCUGGCGAUGAUUAGGUUGCGAUCAGUGGAAUCUAACAGAUGGAGGGUGGAUGAAGUCAAGCUUGAGCACAACCAUUCAUUUGAUCCUGAGAGAGCACAAAACUCGAAAUCACAUAAGAGGACAGACGGUGGGUCGAAAAGAAAACUUGAGCCAACUCUAGAUGUUGAAGUACGAACAAUCAAGCUAUAUCGAAUGCCUGUUGGGGAUGCAUCAGGUUAUGGAAGUCCAAAUUCUAAUGAAGGAGGAACUAGCACCAACCUUAAUUUUUCUAGGCAUUUGAAACUUAGGAAAGGUGAUACAGAACUUGUUUCAAACUACUUCUGCAAAUGUCAACUUAUAAAUCCCAAUUUCUUCUAUGUUAUGGACUUGAAUGAUGAUGGACAACUGCGGAACAUUUUUUGGAUUGAUUCUAGAUCUAGAGCUGCAUAUAGUUAUUUUGGUGAUGUGGUUGCAUUUGACUCUACAUGUUUGUCAAACAAUUAUGAGAUUCCACUUGUUUCAUUUGUCGGUGUUAAUCACCAUGGGCAGUCUAUUUUACUUGGAUGUGGUCUGCUUGCAGAUGAGACAUUUGAAACAUAUAAUUGGUUUUUUAGGGCGUGGCUUACAUGUAUGUCCGGCCGUCCUCCUCAAACUGUUGUUACAAACCAGUGCAACAAGGCCAUGCAAAGUGCAAUAGCGGAGGUUUUCCCGAGAGCUCACCACAGAAUUUGUCUAUCACAAGUCAUGCAGAGUAUUCUCGGAUGUUUGGUACAGUUUCAGGAAUACGAGGCAAUUCAGAUGGCAUUGUCUAGAGUGAUAUAUGAAACUAAGACAAUCGAUGAUUUUGAAAGGGCUUGGGAUGAACUUACCCAGCAUUUUGGAAUAAGAAAUCAUGAAAAGCUUCAAUCCUUGUAUGGUGAACGUGAGCACUGGGCUCCUGCUUACACCAAGGACACGUUUUUUGCUGGAAUUUCUGAUCAAGAAAAAGGUGAGUCCGUGGUACCUUUUUUUAAGGGUCAUGUGCAUCAGCAAACUUCCUUGAAAGAAUUUUUUGAGAUUUAUGAAUUAGUUAUGGAGCAAAAGAGAAAAACUGAAGCUAUUGAUGAUUUCAAGUCGCGAGAUUCUAGUCCUUCACUGAGAACAAGGUACUACUAUGAGUUGCAACUGUCCAAAUUGUACACAAAUGCAAUGUUCAGGAAGGUCCAGGAGGAGAUUGUGAUGAUGUCCUCUUGUUUCGGCAUCACAGAAAGUCAAACAAAUGGAUCUACAGCGACAUACAUGGUUAAAGAGCGCCAAGGCGAGGAACUUGUCCAAGAUGCAGGGCAUGUUGAAGUCACAUAUGAUAAAACCGGAGCAGAAGUGCGCUGCAGUUGUUGUUGCUUUAACUUCAAAGGCUAUUUGUGCAGACAUGCCUUGUCUAUCCUCGAUUAUAAUGGCGUGGAGGAAAUUCCUUGUCAAUAUGUUUUGCCGAGAUGGAGGAAGGACUUUAAACGAUUGUAUGUACCUCACCUUAGCUCUGAUAAUGUUGAUAUCACCAACCCAGUUCAGUGUUUUGAUCAUUUGUACAAACGGGCGAUGCAAGUUGUUGAAGAAGGGAUGAUAUCCCAAGCUCAUUAUAUGGUUUCUUGGCAGGCUUUUAAAGAGUCUUUGAAUAAGAUUCGCCUUGUAUCAGAUAAAAUUGAGUAAUUUAAUCAAGAAUAAUACAUAUCAAAUGUUGUGCAUAAUUUGUUAUCCAUUUCUUCAAUAACACACAGAUGGUUCUUUAGUUGUGUUCAGGCAAAGUUUGCGAAAUUAUGCGACUUUGUAGAAUGUGUUUCCGGUAGCCUAGUCUGGCCAGACAGUUGUUGCAUGUCAAUUUCAGCAAAAGAUAACAACAGCUGCUGCUCAUGGAUCUGUUAAUUUGUCUGAUUUUUGUAUGCAGAUAGCAUUUUUGUUUUUGAUAAAGUGAUACUUCU